AUUGAUGAUCACUCAUUUGAACAAUGUGUGGUCAUUAUUUAUUUCGAUUUAUAUAUAAAACCCAGCGAUGAGAAGAUGAAUUUGAUUUGGGACCAUAAGGUCCCUUAAAAAAAAAAUGUUCUAUUGUUGUUAUUUAUUAGUUGAAUAGUCGUCUAGUUUCAUGUCAAAAAGAGAUUGUCUCAUUGUAGUGAUUGUGUUGAAUUGAAAAUUCAAUAACAACAACAACGACGAUAACGACAAUGACAACAAAAAAUAAGGCCUAUUGAGAGUCGAGUGGUCUAUAAUUUAUAAAAUAAUAUGCGAUCAAGAUAAUCCACUCGAACAAGCAACGAUAUUCCGCGAAUUUUUGGAAACCAUCAUCAUUUUUUUCUUGUCAAAUAUGGACACAUCAAUAAUGGAAUCAUUGUCGAUUAUUUCAUUAUUAACAAUAUUGUUAAUCAUUACCGGUAGCAUUGAAGCUAAAGUAUCGAUUAGACCUGAACCAAAUGGUGAAGUAGGAAUAAUGUCCGGUGAAUCUAAAUAUUUUCAAUGUAUUGGUUCAAGUAAUAAAGAAAAAUUGUAUUGGAUCAAUCCACAAGGACAAGAGAUUGUAAAUGAUCCAAAUAAUGGAAUAUAUACGGUUCAUAUUGUUAAAAAGAAUACGAUCAAAUUAGAGCUAAAAAAUCCAACGAAACAAGAUUCUGGUGUUUAUAAAUGUGUAUCACGUAAUGAACAAAAUCAAGAGAUUUCAUCAGCAUUUUUCAAAUUACAUGUAUUCAAUCCGACCGUAGUGAAAGCGCCAAAAGAAUCGUAUCAAGUUAAUGAAGGUGAUAAUGUACGAAUCGAUUGUAUGGUUACUGCAGAUAAAGAUGCUACCAUUGAAUUUAUGUGGUCAUUUGGCCAAUAUGAUCUUAGCCAAGAUCCAAGAUAUCGAAUUGAAAUCAAUCGUGAUCGUUCACCAAAUCCGGAUGAAAUUCGUACCAUUAGUCGAUUGGAAAUACGAAACGUAAGCAAAGAACAUGAUGGUAAUUAUGUUUGCGCUGUGGAUACUACAAAUCGUUUUAUUUCGGAUUCUAAAGAGCUCAAAUUGACUCUUCGUGUUCAAUAUAAACCUCGUUUUGAUGAAAAAACACCAUCACAUAUAUGGGUUUCAGAAGAAGCUGUUCAACAAGGUGGACCAUUAUCGGUAAACAUAUCUUGUAUUGUUUAUGCUGAUCCGGUAGCAACAAUUGGUUGGUUUACAGCUGAUAAUCGUCCUGUUGAUCAUAAUCAACCAAGAGGUGGCGUUAAAACGAAAAUCGUCGAUUCAAUUAACAUGUCAACAUUGAUGUUGACAUUUAGAAAUAUUGAUGAAAUACGAAAUCCACGACCAAAUUCACGUAUUAAAUAUAAAUGCCGUGCUGAAAACACACAAGGAGCUGAUAGUCGUUUGUUUGAGAUUAAAAUUGGCCGCAUACCAGAUUCACCGAUGGUUGUCGGUCUUGAUUAUAAAGAUGGAGCCAUUAUAUUGGAAUUGAAUGAAACGAAUGUUGAACCACCAAUCGAUAUAUAUCGUUUAGAGAUAUCUGAUGAACAAGCUCAUCUUUUUAAUAAAUCGAACGCAAAAGAUAACACAACUUAUGUGAUUGAAACGGCAUUACCACGCGGUGAACAUAAAGUGAAUAUUUAUGCUCAUAAUCCGGUCGGUUGGUCGGAACAACCAUAUUCAAGCUAUUUCUUACAAGUAGUCAGUGCCGGUUAUCGUCCAUCAUCAAUAUUAUCAUCACAAUAUUGGCCAUGUUAUCUAUUUAUACUAGUCAUUAAUAUUAUUAGUCUAAUGCAAUUACAAUCAUCUAUUCAUUUUGAUCAUCAUCAUCAUCAUCAUCAAACAGCUGUUAGCAAAUGAUUUUUAGUCAUCCAGUAAAUCAAAUUGAAUCAAAGACCUCUUCAUAUAUAUUCAUAAUAAUAAUAAUAAUAAUCAUCGUCAUCAUCACUAAUUUUUAAUUAUUAUUAUUCGAUUGUUAGUUGUUUGAACCACUCAUCCCUUUUUCAAUAAUGAUAUCCAAAAAAAAAAAAAAAAAAAAAAAAAAAAAACAAAACUUUCCAUAAAAAUCUGUGUGCGUUUGGUGUGUUUAUGAAAUUUCCAAGAAUUCUAGAAAAUCAUCAUCAUCAUCAUCAUCAUCGCAAUUCGCUUCCUGAAAAGACUGAAUUCCAUUCCAUUCUUUAUUGUCAAUAAACGACAACGAUUAUAUGAGGCUGCCAUUCAAUAUUAUAUUCUAUGAUGACAAUAUAUCUCAAACACUACCACAAAUAUUUAUCGACACUUUUUUUUCGUUAUCGUAAUUCUUUUCUCUUUUUUUUUGUCGUUGCUAUCUUCAUCAAUAUACCAUC